AAUAAAUAAGAUUAGAUACGUCAUUAACGUCGAACACCAUCUUGCUACUACUUGAUACCGGUUGAUCUUUAUACAGUAGAUAUUCGUCGCACAGUGCGUUUUACAUUUUCCGUAAAAUAUUGUUUACAAUGGCUACAAUAACGAGAUUGGCUAAAAUAAAUUUGAUGAGUAGGCGUUUAUACAGUUUCAAAAACAACUUAAAUGAUGUUGUAAUAGUCAGUGCUGUACGUACUCCGAUGGGUUCAUUCCUAGGGUCAUUAAAAAAUGUAUCAGCUACUAAACUUGGUGCAAUAGCUGUGCAAGCAGCUGUUGAAAGAGCUAGAAUUGCUAAAGAACAAGUCAAAGAAAUAUAUAUGGGUAAUGUCUGUCAAGGUUUCUUGGGUCAAGCACCAGCGAGGCAAGCAGCAUUAUUUGCAGAUCUUCCAAAGUCGACAAUAUGUACUACAGUGAACAAAGUCUGUGCAAGUGGCAUGAAAAGUAUCAUGCUGGCUUCUCAAUCUCUGCAGUGUGGUCAUCAAGAGAUUAUUCUAGCUGGUGGUAUGGAAUCUAUGUCUAAUGUGCCAUAUUACUUAGCGCGUGGUGAAACACCAUAUGGCGGAAUAAAACUUCAGGAUGGUAUUGUAUUUGAUGGAUUGACUGAUGUAUACAAUAAGUGUCACAUGGGUAAUUGUGCUGAAAACACGGCUAAGAAAUUGAACAUUUCUCGCCAACAACAAGACGAAUAUGCUAUCAGCAGUUACAAACGCAGUGCUGCAGCUUAUAAAAAUAAUGUAUUUAAAGAUGAACUUGUACCUGUCAGUGUGCCUCAAAAAAAGGGCAUGCCGGAUGUAAUUUUUAUUGAGGAUGAAGAGUAUAAAAGAGUCAACUUUGAGAAAUUUGGCAAUUUGAGCACAGUUUUCCAGAAGGAAAAUGGUACAGUGACAGCUGGAAAUGCAUCUACUCUAAAUGAUGGUGCCGCUGCAUUAAUUUUAAUGACCAGCGAAGUCGCUCAAAAAUUGAAUCUCAAGCCUCUGGCUAAAGUUGUUGCUUUUCAAGAUGCAGCAACGGAUCCUAUAGAUUUUCCAAUCGCCCCGGCACUUGCUGUGCCAUCACUGCUUCAAAAUGCUGGAGUUAAUAAAAACGACAUAGCUCUUUGGGAAAUUAAUGAAGCAUUCAGUGUAGUGGCUGUAGCAAAUCAAAAAUUACUUGACAUUGAUCCUACUAAAAUAAACGUUCAUGGCGGUGCUGUUUCGCUUGGACAUCCCAUAGGCAUGUCAGGAGCACGUAUUGUAGUACACUUGGUGCAUGCUCUUAAAACUGGAGAGAAAGGUGUAGCAUCAAUCUGCAAUGGAGGUGGUGGUGCAUCAUCGAUCUUGAUCGAGAAAUUGUAAGUUUGCAAAUUGCAAUCAUAACUGCUGUUUAAACUCAUACUGAAUUAUGAGAUGCUGUGCAAUCUAUAUCUUGAGAUAUAAAUUAAAUUGUAUAUAAAAAAAUAUUUUUAUACUAUGAAAUGUACUGUUAAUAUAAUGUUAUAGCAAUUGUUAAAACAAUGAUGAAGAGCGUUUUUUCACAGCUUUUCAUGUUUAUAUAAAUGUAAUUACAUAAAAUAACACAUUUUACAAUUUUUAUACUGAAAUAUAUGUACAUUUAUAAGUAUGUAAAAUAUAUAACUUUUAAGUGGAAAAAAGCAAUAUUAGAAAGCAUAAAAAAUAUAUUUUCUUACUUUGUAUACCUUUUUUAUAUUGCUGCUAUCUCCUUAUGUGUUAUAUAUUUUAUAUAGAAAUAAACUUUUUUACACAUUGACACAGUA